UCCAUAGAUUUUUUACAAAAUAAAAUAAAUCAAGUUCCAUUUACUCAAUGUGUGAAUAAAUAUAUAAAUGUCAAUGUAGUUUCAGGCGAACACAUCAAUUCUUUCUUGAUUAUUUGAACGAAUGAUUCAAAGAAGAUAGCUACUUCUUUCAUCCUUGAAUACACAAUUUUGUAAACACUACGUUACGCUGAGCUCUAAAUCCAGCACGCAUUUUUUUAAUAAGCGUGAACUACUACUAAAGGUAGAUACUAAAAUUUCUAAUCAUGGAUAGCGACGAACUUGGAAAUGACUUAGUGAGAUUGGACAAUGGAUUUUUGGUAGCGGAUGACACAUUUGUUGUCAAUUCUGAUGAUGUGUUAGAAGAUGAAAACAACUCGGACUCUGGGAGUAAGAGCAAUGCACCGCUACGAGAACAGGAUAGAUUUUUACCAAUCGCGAAUAUAGCUAAAAUAAUGAAACGGGCAAUACCAGAGAAUGGAAAGAUAGCAAAAGAUGCAAGGGAAUGUGUUCAGGAAUGUAUAUCAGAAUUCAUAUCGUUUGUAACGAGCGAGGCUAGUGACAGAUGCAAGGUUGAAAAACGCAAGACCAUCAAUGGGGAAGAUGUAUUGUUCGCAUUGAAUACCCUGGGAUUUGAUAACUACGUGAAACCUUUGCGUUUGUACUUGACAAAAUAUAGAGAAAUUGUUAUGUCACCAGUCACAAUCAACAAAUUGAACAAGACCAUAGUUUUAUAUAGCGAAGACGGCACGGCCUGUGUUUCAAACGAAAAUGAAAUCGAUACACAAACUGAAUCCACCGUUCUCUACGUCCCAAGCACUUAUCCAAAAGUCGUCGAAGAAUUUAUUCUUACAUGAUUAAGAUUGUAGCGAUAUUAAAAUAUUCUUUUUGAGAAUGUGUGAUCGUAUUAUGUUGGUUUAUUUUAAAAUCGAUCACAGUAUUAUUUUACUGAAGACAGAAAAGUUAAAAAAUAAAUUAAGAAGAUUGUAGGGGAUACAUUGAUCUCUUAGAUAAAAUAUACAGAAGGAUACAUGAACCAUGCUUGGACGAACUUGGCAUUCAAUAUCUUGAGAAGUAUAUAGAGAAGAAAGUCUUAUUGAAAUAUUCGAGUUACUGUUUGUUACAAAGCUAUUGAGAUUCUGUUCGCUGACCAUAACAAACCGAUGCACUAUGAGGAAAUUCACUAAAACUAAGAGGAUACUGCUUUAAGAACAGGCUCGACUGAUUCUCCAAACCUCAAGAACCACAUGCAUCUGCUUAUUAAGUUAAGAAUAUUAAGAUGAAUGUUAUUCUAGGUACGGGAUAUCUAUUAUAGCAUAAUUAGGAUAUAGGUAAACUGAAAAAACAACUAGAAUACAAAAAUGUAUUUGGUGUAAGUCACAACUGCCCUGCGGCAGAAAUUGCCGGGGUGUUGGUGCUUACCGGGAUACGUUCAGUUCGUUCUACCCCCCAGGUGAUUUUAUUCAGGUCAUGAGCCAUGACAAAUACGAGUUCGGUGACUCCGAAUAUCGAUUCCGAAUGAUAUCGUUAUCGAUUUUAAAAUAAGUCUUUUUGGAAAAAAUUAAUUAUGAUAUAGCUGGUAGUUUGUGGUUAAAUGUACUUUAGAUUAUGUAAAGUCAAAAAUAAAAUAUUUUCA